AGGAGACUGCGCAACUACAACUGCUGCGACUACCACCAACACAGCCCAAGUCAAGACGAGUUAUUUUUUACUCAUCCUCAGCUCAUGUGUUGUCACCGCAAGCUCCUUAGCCUUUCGAUCCGAAAGUGAUGGGAGGUGGUUGUCUCGAGAGAAUGCGUCAGUGACGAAUACCCUCACGGCCUCCUAAGUCCAGCGCCCGCCUUUCCAGAGACGUCGUGGUUCGCGUGCAGAUGCUUUCUCUGCCUCGUCCUCCAAGAUGUCGUCCAUGCGCGGUCUUGUCCAAUUCAUAGCGGACCUCCGGAACGCAAGAGCCCGAGAACUCGAGGAAAAGCGCAUCAACAAAGAGUUGGCCAACAUCAGACAGAAAUUCAAGAGCGAGAAACUCGACGGAUACCAGAAGAAGAAAUACGUUUGCAAGCUGCUGUACAUUUACAUCCAAGGGUACAAUGUCGACUUUGGACACCUCGAAGCUGUCAAUCUGAUUUCCGCAACCAAGUACUCGGAGAAGCAAAUCGGCUACCUGGCGGUGACCCUCUUCCUCCACGAACAACAUGAACUGUUACAUUUGGUGGUCAAUAGCAUACGGAAAGACCUUUUGGAUCAAAAUGAACUCAACAACUGUCUGGCGCUGCAUGCUGUCGCCAAUGUUGGUGGGAGAGAAAUGGGCGAAGCCCUAAGUGCAGAUGUACAUCGGCUCUUAAUAUCUCCCACCUCGAAAUCUUUCGUGAAGAAGAAGGCCGCCCUCACUCUUCUCCGACUGUACCGAAAGUACCCGGGCAUCCUGCAAUCAGAAUGGGCAGAAAGAAUAAUAUCCUUGAUGGACGAUCCGGACAUGGGGGUCGUCUUGUCUGUGACUUCUUUGAUUAUGGCCUUGGUCCAGGACCAUCCGGAAGGUUAUAAAGGAAGUUAUAUCAAGGCCGCGCAAAGGUUACGGAAAAUCGUCAUCGACAACGACGUCUCGCCCGACUACCUAUAUUACAAAGUCCCAUGUCCUUGGAUUCAAGUCAAAUUUUUGAAACUGUUACAAUACUAUCCGCCUUCAGAGGACACACAUGUCCGAGAUAUCAUCCGUGAGUCGCUGCAAGCUAUCAUGGCUGCCGCCACCGAAGCACCCAAAAAUGUACAACAGAACAAUGCUCAAAAUGCGGUGCUCUUCGAAGCAAUCAAUCUUCUGAUCCAUCUCGACACCGAGCACCAACUCAUGAUGCAGAUAUCGUCCAAGUUGGGGAGAUUUAUUCAAUCUCGUGAAACCAACGUACGGUAUCUGGGUCUUGAUGCUAUGACCCAUUUCGCUGCCAGAUCAGAUACGCUCGAUCCGAUCAAGCGCCAUCAGAAUAUUAUCAUCGGAGCUUUACGAGACCGCGACAUUAGUGUGCGAAGGAAAGGUCUGGAUCUGCUCUACAGCAUGUGCGACACUACCAAUGCUCAGCCGAUCGUCAACGAAUUGUUGAAAUAUCUCCAAUCCGCAGAUUUCUCGUUACGAGAAGAAAUGACGCUGAAAAUUGCCAUCCUGACGGAAAAGUAUGCAACUGAUGCUCAGUGGUACAUUGACAUCUCUCUCAGGCUGUUGGCAAUGGCUGGUGAUCAUGUCAGUGAUGAAGUGUGGCAACGGGUGGUCCAGAUUGUUACGAACAACGAGGAAUUGCAAGCAUAUGCAGCUCAACAUAUCUUCGAAUACCUAAGGGCUGAGAACUGCCACGAUACUCUGGUCAAAAUCGGCGGGUAUAUCCUGGGAGAGUUUGGACACUUGAUUGCGGACAACAAGGGGUGCAGCCCAAUCGAACAAUUGAUGGUGCUCCAAACCAAGAUGAUCUCCGCGCCGGAUGCCACAAGAGCGCUCAUGCUGUCAACAUUCGUCAAGUUUGUCAACCUAUUUCCAGAGAUCAAGCCUCAGUUACUGCAGAUGUUCCAAUUCUACAGCCAUUCACCCGACUCUGAAUUGCAGCAAAGGGCUUGCGAGUAUCUUGCUAUCACGACGAUGCCAACGGAUGAUCUGCUUAGGACCAUCUGCGAUGAAAUGCCUCCGUUUUCGGAAAGAACAUCAAUAUUACUGCAAAGACUCCACAAGAAGAGCGUUGGCAUAAGUGAGCGACGGACUUGGCUCGUGGGCGGAAAGGAUGCCAAUGCCGAUAAACAGGAAGUGCUACUAGCUCAACAGACCGGCCUUAAACGGACUUUCACCACCAUUGUCAAUGGAGGAGUCAAAUCAAACACCAACGGCACAACAUCAAGAAGUGUCAGCGGAGUACAGGACGCAGCAGGUGGGGCAUCUAAGGAUCUCGAGGGCCUCGACAUGAAUGGCCAUACCGAAGAUGUGACAGUGCCGAACCUAGCCAGUGCAGCUCACUUGUCGCCCGACUGGGAGAUUGGCUACGAACAGAUGUACUUCUCCGAUGAAGGAGUGCUCUACGAAGAUCCUCAGAUUCAGGUCGGCAUACGAACAGAAUAUCGCGGCUACCUGGGCGUGAUCAAACUCUACUUUGCGAACAAAGCAUCCUUUCCUAUCGGAUCAUUCACGACUACACUUGACAACAAAUCCGCACCGGCGCUGAAAAUUGACAUGAAGAGUCUUCCCGAGUCCCAUGUUGAGGCGGACUCACAAGUCCAGCAGACUAUCGUGUGCACAUCCAUAGCGCCCUUCUCAGAACCACCAACGAUCCGAAUAUCAUAUCUCGCCGGCGCAUUGCAGGGUUACACAUUAAGACUCCCCAUCCUGCCUCAUCGGUUCAUGGACCCAUCCGAGCUGUCGGCAGAGGACUUCUUCAAGCGCUGGCGACAAAUAGGCGCGGGCCCGCUGGAAGCACAGAGUACGUUUAGUCUCAAAACCCCGACGACCGAAAUGAGUGAUAAGUUCACCCGCGAGACCGUGCUGGGCUUCCGAUGGCGGAUUUUGGACAACGUCGAUCCUAAUACGAGGAACAUUGUGGGCUGUGCGGUUUUGCAGCUUGAAAAAGGCAAGACAGGCUGUUUGUUGCGGCUAGAACCGAACCAGCAGCAGAAGAUGUUCCGCAUGACGAUCCGAGCGACGCAGGACACGGUGCCAGGGAUACUCCUAGGCAUGAUGCAGGAGAGGCUUGCUAGGGGCCCUUGAAGAAACUUACAUAUGCUUUUUCAGCUUGCGAAGACAGGUAUGAACAUUGAUGGGCAUGCGAUGCAUGGUUGAGCCGAUCUUUCGGAGCACACAGCUUUAGCCUUACCAACGACUUCUUCAGGACAUAUAUUAUUUUUAUCAUUUUGCUAUGCAAUCAAAUAUAAUUUUCCUGUAGCUGGACCUAUAGCUGUAGCCUUCAACCCGUAACAAAAUAUCGG